GCCCAUUAAAGCGAUCCGUUGCCAAGUGCAGGUCCCCGGUGGCGCGCGAGGGGCGUCUCGUGAGCACAGGGGGCUCUUGACAUCACGCUCGCCUUCAUAUAGGGGCGCGUGGCGCCGCCUUCUUUCUCAUCCACGGAGAGCAGUCAGUGUGGUCGGUUGUAGCUGUCCCGAGUAAUUCACUUGCGCGUGGAAGGCACAAGACAAAAAGGGCGUGAACACACAUCAAAACGGCACGAUAACGGGAAAAACGCCAGACGACACCAGCGCGCGCAGACGGUCCGGCUAUCUCGGUUUCUGGCUGGUUUUCAUCACUGCAACCCCACAGGACUCUCUGUUCAACAUCCAAAAAGCGUCAAGAUGAGCACCAUGAGACCGUCCGAACCGGGACCGUUAGAGGAGAUGAUGUUAAUGAAGGUGAAAGUGAUGCACGAGGCGCUCACGGGCAGGGAUGCUCGUCGUUACGGUUCCCCGGUGGCGCGUGUAGAAUAAUGAAAGUUGGGGUCAAACGCUGUGAGCAGAGAUGUCGGUGCCUUUGCUGAAGAUCGGUGUGGUGCUCAGCACUAUGGCCAUGAUCACCAACUGGAUGUCCCAGACUUUGCCAUCACUGGUGGGGCUCAACACCACCAAACUGACCGCGGCGCAAGGCGGCUAUCCGGACCGGAGUAUAGGAGUGUUACCCGCUAACCCAGAGGAGUCAUGGCAGGUGUACAGCUCAGCUCAGGACAGCGAGGGCAGGUGUGUGUGUACAGUUGUUGCACCUCAGCAGACCAUGUGCUCGAGAGAUGCCCGCACCAAACAACUCCGCCAGCUACUGGAGAAGGUGCAGAACAUGACGCAAUCAAUCCAAGUAUUGGACCAGCGUACCCAGAGAGACCUGCAGUAUGUCGUUAAGAUGGAAGAUCAACUCCGCGGCCUGGAGACCAAAUUCAGACAGGUGGAAGAAAACCACAAACAAAACAUUGCCAAGCAAUACAAGGCCAUAAAGGCAAAAAUGGCGGAGCUGCGUCCAUUGAUCCCAGUACUCGAGGAGUACAAAGCAGAUGCCCGGCUCGUUCAGCAGUUUAAAGAGGAGGUGCAGAACUUGACAGCCAGCCUGGGGCUUCUUCAACAGGAGAUGGGAGCGUAUGACUACGACGACCUCCACUCCCGUGUGGUUAGCCUAGAGGAGAGGCUACGUGCAUGCAUGCAGAAACUGGCAUGUGGGACGCUGACGGGCAUCAGUGAUGCAAUCACUAUUAAAAUAUCCGGGUCACGGUUCGGAUCCUGGAUGACCGAUCCACUCGCUCCUGAAGGAGACACUAGGGUGUGGUACAUGGACGGCUACCAUAACAACCGCUUUGUGCGGGAGUACAAGUCCAUGGCCGACUUCAUGAUAUCUGAAAAUUUCACCUCUCAUCGGCUGCCACACCCCUGGUCUGGAACCGGUCAGGUGGUCUACAACGGCUCCAUCUAUUUCAACAAAUUCCAGAGUAACAUGAUCAUAAAAUUUGACUUCAAGACGUCAAUCAUCAGUAAGUCCCAGCGUCUGGACAACGCCGGCUACAGCAACACCUACCACUAUGCCUGGGGUGGACACUCUGACAUCGACCUCAUGGUGGACGAGGGCGGGCUCUGGGCUGUGUACGCCACCAAUCAGAACGCAGGCAACAUUGUCAUCAGCAAGCUCCACCCGAUAACCCUACAAGUCAUCCAGACCUGGACGACCAAUCACCCGAGGCGCAGCGCGGGGGAGUCGUUUAUGAUUUGCGGGACAUUGUACGUGACCAACGGCUACUCGGGAGGGACAAAAGUCUACUACGCCUACCACACCAACUCCUCGACGUACGAGUACAUUGAUAUUGUUCUGCAAAACAAAUACUCGCAUAUCUCGAUGCUGGACUAUAAUCCAAGAGAUCGCGCACUAUAUGCCUGGAACAAUGGACACCAGGUGCUCUACAACGUCACUCUUUUCCAUGUCAUCCGCUCCGAGCAGCUGUAACCAUGGAGAGCUGAUGGUAGUAAUGGGAAAUGUCUAAGAACUAACAUUGACGGACAGAUUGGGAAUUAGUUUGGAGAAUCUCAAAGAGGAAUGAAAAACUGAACCCAAAAACAAUCUUUGGGAAUUUUCUUCAACAGAUUGUUUAAAAAAAGUUAUGCUGAAUGGAAAAAGUACUUUUAUGGAACUAUAGACAUAAGAAUGAAAGAUAAAAUAUCCAAACAAUGAACGGAAUGCCAAAAACAACAACAGAUAAAUGAAGCCACGCCUUUCUUUUAUACAUAAAAAUCCUUUGUAGAUGAUUGUCCAAUCUGAUGCUUUCCAGUAGCACUUAAAAGACAUUUAUCUAUGCUUUCUGUGCAUUGAAGUGGGGGGAUGGGAAAUGAGUUACGGACUAGGAGCCAACAUGGAAUACUCAGCCCAUUCCUCAUUAAUCGAGCGUGUGCAGGAAAAUCGUUGGUGCUUUACUCUGCAAAUUCACACGGACAGCUACUGCAGUCUGUGCUAUAUGACGAGCCCAACUUAUGUGUGCUUUGCAGAGCUAAUUUCUUUCGAUAAGGAAAAUCUCAUUUAAAAAACUUGAUUGGCUGAAGGCGCUGACUGUUGAUAGCUCUGUUGUUGUUCAAAGAACUCUUGUGAGAUUUUACUUGAACUUCUCUGCGAUUAACUUCUCUAGACAUGGUCACACCAUAUCAUGAUAUUAAUAAUGAAUAAUGUAGCACCUGAGAUCAAACCAAAGCAUGCUAUUAAGAGAUAGUCCACCCAAAAAAUGUUAUGUCAUCAUUUACUUACCAUCAUGUUGUUCUGUAUGACAUUUGUUCUUAAGUGAAACACAAAAGGAGAUGUUAGGUAGCAUGUUAGGAAUAUUCAGGGUUCAAUACAAGUUAAGCUCAAUCGACAGCCAGCAUAUGUGACAAUAUUGAUCAGACAGACAAUGUUGUGUUACGACUCAUCCCUCCUUUUCUUGAAAAAAACUAAAUGCAAAAAUCGAGGUUACAGUGAGGCACUUACAAUGAAACUGUGAGUAUUUUAAUGUUCGAAAAUGUACUUGUAUUGUAAGUGCCUCACUGUAACCGAGAAAGAGGGGCAAGUCAAAAUUAAUUUUUGUGGUGACCAAUAUUAUGCCACAAAUGCUGUCAAUUGAGAUUGGCUUAUGUUGAACUUUCCAUGUGGAGGGUUAGGGUUCAGUGGAACCAUACAUUUUGCCUACAAUCUCCUUUAGUGUUUCAUGGAAGAAAGUAUAAUGGCAACAUGAGGAUAAGAACAUUUUCUUUUUGGGUAAACUAUCCCUUUAGGGGAAAAUCCCAACCUGAACUCAUGACUAAUUUAAAUAAUAGUGCGAGUUGGCAAAAUCGUAAGAAAUCAUAAGAGUUGGCUCGUGCAAACACUAAGACUUUUACUAGAAUAGAGAAAAACAUACUAAACAAUGAACAAUGUUAUUAGGAUUUUUCCUAAUUUAACUUCUAACCCAAACCUAACCAUAAAGUAUAAACCCCUUUACUCAAAACCAUGAUUUUAAUAGGAAAAUUACUUUUGCGUUCCAUGGAUAGAUAGAAAACAUAGUGGUUUUAACCGAGACGAGGGACAGGUUAUUAAAAUACAUCAAGUAUUUGUAUUGCAUAAAUAAAUAAGGAAUGAGUAACCAAAUUUGCUCACUUUCUAUCAGGAAGACUCGCAGACUUGAGUGAAAUUUAAGAUGACAUUUAUUUGAUGAAUGUAAAACAGAAAUUUAAUGUCUCUCUUUGGCGUCUGGCGGUAUGACAAAGUUGUACUCGGAACUGUCAUAUCCUGCCGGAGAUAGGAGGCGGGGCGAGGAGCCUACCCCCAUGCAGGACGGGACUCAACUGGUGGUGGUGGGGUGGUGAAGGUUGCCGUGUUAGGACACUGAAACAGCAAUGUGAUAGAUUGUGAGCAGACUUAAUAAGCAAUGGCUUACAUGUGAUUGGCUGGGAUUUACCCAGCUAAUGGUGCGAUGAUGUACAGUUGCUAGUCUUCCCGCUAGAACUAUGCUGCACUUACAAUUCUUAUAUAAAGUAUAAGUUAUAAAACAUAGUGCUGAUUAGGAGGCUAGCUAAAAUGUGAUGCCUGUAUCGUUUCGAUUGGAAAUACUAUUAGCUGAUUUGUUAGUCUCUAUGGGAAUAAAAGUGGGAUCUUUUUCUUCAAUCCAAGUCAUACGACAUCUCACGAUUUCACCAUUUUGCACGAAAUAUUUUUGAGUUGUCAUGAGACUGUGUUGGAGAGUCCACACUGCCCUAAAAAACACCAACUUCCAAUGAUUGUUGGGUUUUGUUUGAUCAGUAUGUCAAUUAAGUUGCCGUUUGUUGGGGCAGUCUAAAUGAGCCUUUAAAGUCAACAUGGAAUCAAUAUUGCCUCCUUUCUGGAAUUUAAUGGACAUUUUUACAAUCAAGUCAAUUCGCGAUAGAUAAAAUCAAGUCCCGCCCUAUAUUUUUCUCAUUAAUUAUCCUUUUUCACUCUGAAAAAUGUCACGAUACAGAAGGAAAAUGGUGCGAACACUGAUUAAUGUUGACUUUAAACAUUCUCUGGUGAGAAUAUCACCCGUCAAGCUAACAAUACACACUUGUUGUGUUUGUAAAUAGACAUACAUCGGCAUCAUAGUUUCUACGAUACACGUCUGUAACAAAUGUGCGAGGUGUUAAUAACAGAUGGUUCAGGUCGAAUCAUAUGCUGAUUUGUGUCUUCUAGUGAUUUCUUGUGAAAUAAUUUUUUUCUUAUUGCAUGAAGAGUUUCUAUCUGUGCAGGAGUGCUCAAAGGAAUGUUUACCUGUAUGAUGCUGUACAUCUGACUUAUAUGGGAUCAGGGCUGGGGGGAGGAGUUUGUAUAAGGGCACAUAUCAUGGGAAGGAGUUUACAUGUUUGGAGGGUAAACAUGGGAAUUUAAAAAAAAUAUGCUUGUUUAUAUAAUUUGUUUUGAGUGGCUUGUUUCUUAACUCCCAUUCUUGGUUUUGUAGCUGUAUAGAUAGUUUUUUUUUUUUUGUAAUAUAGUACUGUCUGCUUGAGUGAUGCUUCAGUGUCCUUUUUUUAGUUUGAUGGCAUUAGGAAGCCACAUUUUUCUCACAAAGUAAAAAAAAAAAGUCCAUUACAAUUUCAGAAUGUAAAAUGUCUCUUAAGACAAUAUAGCGGAUGUCUAAAAUAUGAAUAUUAAACUAUAGAAAAAUCAUUGAGCAGUAUGUAUUGUCAACAUUAUAACAAUUAUACUGUCUUAUAAAGCUAAUAUCAGCUCUCAUUCUUUAUGCGCUUAGCUGGACAUAUGUUGUAUUUGCAAUACAUUGAUUCUUACCAAUAAACUGGGGUUCUAUAA